AGCGGCUUUCGGCCGCGCGCGGCGCGGGCGCGGCCCAUGGCGCCCCCGGCGCGGCGCCGGGCCGCGCGGGGCACCGCGCGUUGGGCGCGCGCCGCGGUGCUGGUGUCCGUGGUUUUGCGCGUGGGCCUCGCGGAGGAGGGCUUGACGAAUGCCGCGGUCGUCGAAGACACCGACAUCUCGAGUGAGGCUGUCGAGGCCAUGGCGGAUGGCGAGGAGGUCGACAACAGCGCCGACGGCGCCGCGGUGCAGCACUCUGGCACGGGGCCCUACGGCCUCAUCCCCGAGGACUACGACCCAGAGGUUCCCCCUCUUAUCCAGGUCGGCGACAUGCUCCCAGCGCGAUCUACAGUGUUGAUAGGUGUAAAGCUGAGGAAAAUCAUGAAUGUCGACCCAGAUUCCGGGGUGGUGAUGUUUUGCGCGUGGCUGAGGCUGUACUGGUACGACCCCCGCUUGUCCUUCAACGGCACCACGAUGUUUCCACACAGGAGAAGCUCCGACUCCACAUCAGCCGAGCUCGACCUGCCCUGGACCAGCACUGGGCAGAGCCACGUAAGCUUGGACCCGGGGAACAUCUGGAAGCCGGACGUCUUCCUGAGGGAGAAGGUCGAUGCUUUUGUCGAGUCCUGCAGCGAGGAGCCCGCGCUGCUAUUCGACGACACUUUCACGCUGGAGCGCGCCGAGACCAUGGGGCAGACGUUUAACGUCUACUGGGGCCGUGCCUGUGUGCUCGCGAUACAGUGCAAGCAGGACCUUUCCAACUUCCCGUUUGACGAGAACAGUUGCAACAUCACGUUUCAGCCGUGGUCCGAGACCAUGUACAGACUCAAGCCCGCCCCUGCGGUUUGUUCCGCGGAUUUGCCCACGCAGCAGUUCUUGGUGAACAUAACAAAUAUCAACGGUACUCUGCUGCACGUGAAGGAGCAUCUGCCUGGCGGUGGCGACUACGGCACAUUCGACGCUGUCAGGUGGAGCAUCACGCUCAAGAGGCAUCCCAACUUCUACGUCGUGAAUUAUUUCCUGCCGACAAUUGCGCUGGUCUCCCUAUCAUGGCUGACAUUUUUCGUGCCGUUGGACUCGAGCGAUCGCAUAUCAUACGCCGUCACGCUCACUCUGACGGCGAUGGCUGUCGCGCUGCUGACGACUGACAGGCGCCCUCCCGACAAGGGCAACAUGUGGAUCGACCGGUUCCAGACCACCGCCUUCAUCGCGAUCAACAUCCCCAUCGUGGAGACGGUGCUGCUCCUGCGGCUCGCGUCCCUGUACAAGCAGGGCCGCGGCAGGGGCACCCGUGCCAACCUGAGCGGUCUGGACAGGCUCUUCCGCGUGGUGUACGUGGUGUGGGUGGUCGCCUGGCUCGCGGGCAUGUUCCUGCCGGGCAGCCCGUGGGCCACGGACGCGCCCGACCGGUGGUACUCCGACGCCUGCGCGAUGAUGGCCCUCUUCUGGCUGCCGCUGGCUGUCCUGCUCACGCUGUUCUCCGUCCAGAACCUGAUGCUCUUCCGGAUGGAGGAGAGCGGCCAGCUGCGCGACGCCCUGUCGGGCGCCCUGCUGGACCACUACACGGGGCCCGAGGGCAAGCGCGGCUCCUGCGGCGCCGACGAGGAGGACGGCACCUCGCUGGAGUCGUGGAGUUCGAGGUGACGCGCGCACUCUCGCGGUGCAUUUGCCGGAUUGAACUGUGGCCUAACCUGCUUGUCCUCCUCCUCCUCCUCGUCCUCCUCCUCAUCCUCCUCCGGAUCUUCCCUCCUCCUCGCUCCGAAAGGCGCCCUCCUCUCGGGCCGAAUGCCCGAGGGGCUCUGGAGGGGAUGCUUCUGGCGGGACGCCCAGCUCCUCGGCCGCAGAGCAGGCAGCGGCACCCUUGACAGAGGGCACCGCUGAAGUAGAGCCCGCCUCCUCCUCCCUCCGCUCCUCUUGCGAGGAGGGAUGUAAGGAGAGAGAUGCCACCCCGCAUGGGGGAAGGCCAAAGAGCCUGCAGCCGCCGGCAGGCUUCGUCCAGCUGCGCCAGCCCGUCCCGCAGGCUGCCCGCGCGAAGGGCUGCGCCGAGAUUCGACUUCACAUUCUCCUCGCGCUCUUCCAGAGGAGGGGGGUCUUCCUUUCCUCCUUUCCCUCGUGCUCCUCGUCGUCCUGACGCCCUCGCGGGACGCCCUCGCUGGAGCUUGGGUCGAAGGAGUCCCCCCCCUGUGGGGAGUUUAAGACGCCCAGACCGCCACCACCUUGCUUGAAGUCUGGGGACGAUUGCGUUGACUGUCCCAGACCAUUUUGAAGCAUAUUUAAAUAAUUUUCUUCCGCCCAAAAUCCCCCAGUAGGAGGACACGCCCGACCUAAACCUUGCCGAGCGAACCGCAGGCGAAGGCGUGUCUGCUGCUGCCCGCUCGCGGGCUCAGUUUAGCUUGCCGCCGCAGUCGUGCUGGCCCCGGCAGAGCCGAGCCGUCUCCUCGCAUUCACUUGGCGCGCCUCCCUGCCCCUCACUCGCGACAGGAUGUCCUUCGUCCUGCCCCUCGUCUUCCACUUCGGUUUAAGACUUCCUCACAGCGUAUUACGCUUAAAAUUAUGGAGUAGCUAGUCCGAAUGAUGAGUGGGAAGCUGCUGGCUGGCGGUCUUUUCCCCGAGCAGUUGCGG